AUGGCUGGCCAUGCACCUGCCAGCAAGAUCCGACGCCUUGACACCGAGGUCUUCGCUCGUGUGCCUGGUAGCGGUGUAGAGAAUGCCAAGAACCUCGUUGAUUGGCCAGCGUAUGCAACUGCGGGCCUGCAAGAUGCUGCUGUGGCAGCAGGCCAGUCGCAGAGUCAUCUAGCUGAGCAUUUUAGUGGUCGCAAAACCAUUUACAUAUGCUCGAGCUACAGUGGGAUGGGAACUUUUGAGCAUUGCAUGAAGCGCUUGGCAGUGGCUUGCGCAGGAGCUGUGGAGGAGACUGGGGUGAAGUUCUGGUCUGCAAGUGAGUGCGAUCAGGCAGUUCGAGACAUGCUCCUCAAGAGUGCAGCUUGUCCUGAGCACGUCUUUGGUGACUUGACGGAGCGAGUGGAGCCGCAGACCCUGGCACGCAUGAAGCAUGCGGUGGGAUGCCUUCAACAGAGGGCGAGGGACAUUGCCGGCACAAAGCAAACCCCUGCUCAGAAGAAAGUUGAGCUGGGCAAACUGAAUGACCGUUGUAUGCAGAAGCUUUUGGAGCUGGCCAUGCAGGCAGUUGCCGCAGAUCGUGUGCGACCAACGAGACGCUGUUAUUGCUAUGUUCAUGAGGAGCUCUGCCCUCUUUUGCCGCCAGGCUUGGACGAUGGCACUGAUUGCCUGCUGCUGGAAGCAGGUGGCAACACUUGCGUCAGUUUCUCCCCGCAGGGGAAGCAGGCGAGGUGGUUACACGAUUCUGCAGUUGUGGCUGCUGUGUGGCUCGCAUGGUGUGCUGGGCAUUGUGACAUGGUCAUGCAGGAGUGCAGCCACCUUUUUAACACUUCGGAGGCCAUGCAAGCAGCGUUUCCCCCGGAGCAAGGUUGGCACACUUCCGCUGUGACAGUAGCGGGCAAAGACCUGGGGAUCCCGAUGAACCGGCCUCGCAACUUUUCCUGGACCGUUCGGCUACGCAGACUGAGCAUGGUCGCCAGCUUAACGCCAAGCCUGUUCUUGCAGCUGUGUGGCAGCGAGCUGCGGUGUGAUGGGCACGAUUUCUUCAUCCUUGCCGAGGAUGCAGCUCAUGACUAUUUGCAGGCCACCACGGAGAAGCUUUUGCUUGGCGAGGGUGGCUUUCGGAAGUACUUGUCCGAGGGCUGUCUCCGGCGGCUCCAGGAUUAUGAGAAGUUCUACUCGAGGCAGCUCGCAGAAGGCAAGGUCGUCGAGCUGCCCGUCGUUGACCUUUCCCAGAAUGUUAGUGUUAGGGCAACCUUGUCGACUAUGUUGCCUGCUUUGCUGACGGGGUCCUGUGUGUGGAGCAUGAAACACCAGCGCCAGCUGACCACACUGGAGCUGUUCUUCGCAAUGGGAUGGCCAGCUCCGGUAGUUUUGGACGACGCCAGCUUCCAUGCAGAGUUCCCCUUCGUGCAGAAGCAGUUCGAGGAGACGCAUACUCGCACCUUGACCAAAAUGGUUGGGAACUCCUUCCAUUGCCGUGUGGCAGGCCUCUUUCUUGCAGCCUGCCUAACCCUCACGAAGCAUCGAUGA